AUGAGUUCCUACCUGGAGUAUGUGUCGUGCGGCGGCGGCCGAGUCGGAGGCGAAGUGCUCAGCUUCGCACCCAAGUUCUGCCGCGCCGACGCCCGACCCGUGGCCCUCCAACCUGCCUUCCCCCUGGGCAGCGGCGACGGCGCCUUCGUCAGCUGCCUGCCCCUCACCGCCGCCCGCCCCGCGCCUUCCUCCCCACCCGCCCCUUCGCAGCCCUCCGCACCGCCCCCGGCCGCGCCCCGGUACGCGUCGUGCACCCUGGAAGGGGCCUACGAUCGGGGCGCCGCACCUGCCGCGGCGGCGGGCGGCGCGGACUAUGGUUUCCUGGGGUCUGGGCCGGUGUAUGACUUUCCGGGAGCGCUCGGGAGACCCACCGACGACGGAGGGGCGCACGUCCACUAUGCCACCUCGGCGGUCUUCUCCAGCGGCGGCUCCUUCCUGCUGAGUGGCCAGGUGGACUACGCAGCCUUCGGCGAGCCGGGCUCCUUUCCGGCGUGUCUCAAAGAGCCAGCCGAUGGCCACCCCGGAGCCUUCCAGACUGCAUCGCCGGCCCCCGGCGCCUAUCCCAAGUCCGUGUCUCCCACGCCCGGCCUCCCCACCGCCUUCAGCACGUUCGAAUGGAUGAAAGUGAAGAGGAACGCCCCGAAGAAAAGCAAACUCGUCGAGUGUGGAGCCUCCAGCCCCUCCAGCGCUAUCCGUACGAAUUUCAGCACCAAGCAACUGACAGAACUAGAGAAAGAGUUUCAUUUCAAUAAAUACUUAACUCGAGCCCGGCGCAUGGAGAUAGCCAACUGCUUGCAGCUAAAUGACACUCAAGUCAAAAUCUGGUUCCAAAAUCGCAGGAUGAAACAGAAGAAAAGGGAACGCGAAGGUCUUCUGGCCACAGCCACCGCUGUGGCCUCCCUCCAACUUCCCCUCUCAGGAACAAGCCCUGCCAAGUCUGGCAGGAACCUGGGAAGCCCUUCUCAGGCCCAAGAACCUUCCUGAGGUCCGCCUUCGAGACAGAGGAACUUUGGCCUGCAGAAAUCACAGGCGACCCCACACUCUAUACAGAUUUAGGAACUGUUUGAGAUGAAGGUGGGCCUAGGCAGAAAUCCAUAGGGAUUUUACUUUGGAAAGGAAAAAUCUUAGUUGUUUUCUGAGUUCCAGGCUGUGUGUGUACAAAUAUGUUUGCUAUCUCUUAAGCCACUUGUUUCAGUAUUAUUUGUGUCUUAUCAAGCAAAAGGUGCCCAGUUGCCGGCCUAGCUCUACAAUAUGUUGCCUAGCUUAAGUCAUAUGCAAUUCUUGGGUGCAGAGUGGCAAGCCAUUUAGUUCAGUUCUGUCCACCCUGGAAUGUGAUGAAAAGAGCACCUGCCCAAGUCCUUCUGGGUUUAUUAAUUUAAGGAACAGGCUACAUAUAUUCAGCUUUUUGAAAUGACCAAAGCUAGUUAGGGUCUCCUUGAUGUAGCUAAGCUGCUUCAAUGAUGAUCUAGCUGUACAUUUGCACUCCAGUUUUGUUUUUCCUUAGAAAAGCAGUUUCUACCUCUCCGUGUGCCUGAAUGAAGAUGCAAUCUCUGUUUAUUUGGUAGUUGAACAAAUCUACUGAGUGGGUAAAGAUUAAAACCUGAACUACACUUUGACAUCACUUACUCAAACUUGAAUGUAAAUAUAUACAAUAUGUAUAUUUUUGAAAUAUUUACUUGCAGUCAACUCAAAUGACACUCAAUGUCAGACA